AUGGACAUCAAUAAUGCAUUUCUUCAGGGUACCUUACAUGAAGAUGUUUAUGUCUCUCAGCCUCCAGGAUUCGUCGACAAAGACCGUCCCCAUCUUGUGUGUAAACUAAAUAAGGCCUUAUACGGUCUAAAGCAGGCGCCCCGCGCAUGGUAUCAUGAACUCCGACAGUUCCUCCUUCACCUUGGUUUCAAGUCAUCACUUGGGGAUGCCUCUCUUUUUAUCUCCCAACAGCGUAACAACUAUCUCUACGUACUCGUGUAUGUCGAUGAUAUAAUAAUUACUGGAGUCCCGUCUUUGGUGCGAUCAUUUCAUGCUUCCAUUGCUGCUCGUUUUUCACUCAAAGAUCUCGGUCCUUUGAGUUAUUUUCUGGGCAUCGAGGCCACUCGCACAUCCCAGGGACUUCACUUAAUGCAGCGGAAGUACAUCACUGAUCUCUUGGCCAAGACCCACAUGCUCGAUGCAAAGCCGGUCACCACGCUUAUGACUCAGAAACCGCUCACGCUAUAUACUGGAACACCGCUUGCCACUGCCACUGAAUAUAGAAUGGUGGUUGGUAGUCUUCAGUAUUUAGCUUUCACACGGCCAGACAUUGCCUUUGCGGUGAAUAGAUUAUCUCAGUUUAUGCACAAACCAACAUCAGAUCAUUGGCAAGCGGCUAAGCGAAUUUUACGUUAUCUGGCGGGCACAAGAUCACUUGGUAUAUUUCUUCGUCGUGAUGCUCCUCUCACCAUACAUGCCUUCUCAGAUGCUGAUUGGGGUUGCGAUAAGGGGACUUAUGUUUCAACAAAUGCCUAUAUUAUCUACUUUGGUGGUAGUCCAGUCUCCUGGUCUUCCAAGAAACAACGGAGUGUGUCACGGUCCUCUACAGAGGCGGAGUACCGGGCUGUUGCUAAUACUGCUUCUGAGCUUCGCUGGAUAUGUCACCUGUUGACUGAGCUUGGUAUCACUCUCCCCAUGGUUCCAGUUAUAUAUUGUGACAAUAUUGGUGCUACAUAUCUUUGUGCUAAUCCAGUUUUUCACUCCAAGAUGAAACAUGUGGCACUUGACUAUCACUUCGUCCGGGAACACAUUCAGUCGGGUAUGCUUCGUGUUACUCAUGUCUCCACUAUCGAUCAACUUGCGGAUGCUCUUACCAAACCGCUGGCUGGCCCUCGUUUUCACGAAAUCAACAACAAGAUUGGAGUCAAGUUACUGCCUCAAUCUUGA